GUUGACCUUUUGUAAUCCACUCACAAGGAAAAAUAAAUCAAGAGGUGAACGUUGAACGAAAAAGAAAACAUAAUCUGUUCCACGUAAACAUGUACCAACUGCUGUGAAAUUUUCAAUUUUUAUGAAUGUAUUUCAAGGUGUAAAAUAAUCGAACGUAGUUAUAUUUUGCAAAAUAUAAAGAUGUUUGCAAAACUUAAGAAGAAAAUUGCUUUGGAGGAGGGGAUUGAAGGCGGCGACCUAAAGAAAGCCUAUGGACCAGGGUCAGGGGGAGCAUUCCGUGAUGACCAAUCCAGUAGGAACGGAACAUCUGAACGAGUAAUAUCUCCAUCAGGAAGUGUCUCCAGUUUAAAGGAUGCCGGUUCCUUGAAGUCGGAUAGUAAAGAGGGAGGCAACACCAUGAGUAAAGCUGAAAUGCUUGCACUUCUGAAUAAACGAUCAGAGCAAGUUCGUAAAUUAGAGGCUAAAUUAGAUGAGUACCAUGUGAUGGUAAAAGAUACACUGAAAAUGAAGGAGAGAUUGGAGCUAGCCCUUGAAAAACAACAGGAUGUAUCCAUGAAACGGCUUCAGGAAGCUAAUGAGGAAUUUCAAUUAAAACGUGCGAAGAUGGUUGAAAAAUUAGAGGGCUUUGUACAAAGGGAGGAAGAACUACAAGAGAAGAUAGAAGUUUUGAAUACGGAAAAAAAGAGUUUGCAAGAACGUUUGCAGAAAUUAGAGAUGAGUCAUUUCAUUAAACUUGAGGAGAAUGAUGAGUUGCAUGGAUUUCAAGUGCAAGAGAUGGCAAAGAUAAAACACAUGUUUUUAAAUAGUCAAGAAGAACUAAACAAAUGCAAAUCGGAAUUAGAAAGUGUGAGGGAGCUGUUGAGAGAUAGAAGUCAGCAACUCGAAGACAAAGUAUCAGAAUUAGAAUCUGCUAAAGCAAACAAAGAUAUGCUUCAGAAAGAAAGGGAGACGUUCAUGAGUCAGAAGAUGGAGGGAGAAGGAAAGGUACUGCAAUUGACCCAGCAGAACAAGGCUCUGGAAGAAAAUGUGGUCAGUUUAGAGAAGGAAUUAAAAGAGAAAAAUAAUAAGUUAUGUAGUUUAGAAUCUAAUUUGAAUGCUCUACAAGACAGCUAUGAUGCAAUUAAACAUCAAACAAGUUUGCAUUCAAAACAGUCACAUGGUACACAGACAAAGAAUGUAUUAGAAGAAAAGGAAAUAACAAUUGAACAGUUACAAGAGAAGGUUUCAGUGUUAGAACAACGGUUACGUGAUAACAGUCUAUCAGAAGAUGAUCAAUACAAGGCUAUGGAGAAAGAAAGAGAUCUCCUGGAUGAGAAACUAGAGGAAGCCAGGAAGAAUCUAAUAGACAACAGAAACACUGCAAAUGAAAAGAUUUGCCUGCUAGAAAACCAGAUUUCCAAUUUGAACAUGAAGAUGGCUGAAGACACGGAAGAACUUCGCAACAAAUGUGGAGACUUGGAGCAGGUAAAGAUCAGCUAUACAUCCAAAAUGAACGACUUACAAGUGAGAUUAGAGGCCGCUGAAUUAAACACUACCAAAUUGCACCAGACAAUCGCAGAGAAAGAUACUGAAUUGUCAUCUAAGAAGUCUGAAAUGGAAUCACAGCUGCUGGCAUAUCAACUUCAGAUUGCUGAGUUGAAGAAACAAUCACUUGAAUCUAGGAAGGUGCUGCAAGAAAAAGCUGCAAGUCUCGAGGCUCAAAUAAAAACCCUGGAUACUGCCAGGGACCUGGAUAAGAAUGCCUCCAAUCAUAGAAUUUCCAUGUUAGAAACAGUACAAGGUGAAUUUUUAGAAAAAGAAAUUGAACAUGAGAAGCAAAUUUCUGAGAUGGAAGACAAACAAGAAGCCUUGAGGAUUGUGAUUGGUGAAAAGGAUAGAGAAUGUACUGAAAUAGCAAAGGAGCUAGAUGCGGUCCGCAAACUUGUAGAAGCACUGCAGACUAAGGUAAAAGAAACUGAAGAACAUUUAAACAACAGAGAGGAAGAGAAAAAACAAUUAGAAAAAGACAAAAAAGAACAGGACGAAAUGAUAGCGUUACAAGAACAAGAGAAAAAGGCUUUAGAUAACAGUAAGAAAGAGCUUUGCCAGAAAAUUGACUUACAGACUAAACAAAUGAGGGCAGCAGAGACAGAAUCUCAGAAGAUAUUUCAAGAAAAAAUAGAUGAAGUGCAGACAUUGAAACAAGAAAUUAGCACAAAGGACAAACAAAUAAAUCAACUUAAUAGCAAGGUAAAUGAUUUAGAACACACAAUAGAAACAUCUGCUCCUGAACUGUCCCCUGAAGACAUCCAAAAAUUAAGAGAGGAGACAGAAAAGAAGCAAGAAACAAUUCAGGGUAUGGAAGAGCAAUUAAUUGAGAAGAAUAAAACCAUUAAAAUGCAGCAGCAGAGGCUAGGCGACCUGAAGAAAACCCUGCAGAGGGAACUGAAAAUGCAGACUGGUGGAGGUUACAACUCAUCAGAGGAGGAUCACCGCCGACCUCGGGAUAAUCAUCUCCUUGAUGCCACCCACAUGCCACGCGUAGCUUCAUCUCCUGCCGCUAUGAACAGCAUUAGUAAUUCCCGACACGAUGUCCGGGAGAUAAACUUCCAAUAUCUGAAGCAUGUUGUGUAUAAAUUCAUAUGCAGUACGGAGAUGGAGGCCCUGCAAUUGUUAAAGGCUGUGUCAACAGUGCUAGAGCUAACAAAAACAGAAGAGGAAGGAAUUAAGCAGAUAAUAGAAUGGAAGCAAUCUUGGUUUGGGGCAAAACCAGUUUCCAAGAAAGGAUUCAUCUCAGGCAGGUGAUCCAACUGAAAGGUGAAUUAAUUUCCAGGUGCUUCUCCAGGUGUCAUGUGAUCCAGUGGACAGGUGGCCCAAUGGCUAAGGGAUCCAAUCACCUAGUGAUAAAAAAUGCCAUGGGAUCUAAUGGUCAGAUGUUCCAAUGGCCAAAUGAUUCAAUAAAUAUGUAUUCAAAUGACAAUGGUCAGCUGAGUCAAUGGACACAUGAUGGAAUUGAAAUGGCCAGAAGGUCAAAUAGGUCAUGUAAUGUGAUAAUUUGGAUGUAUGAUGGUCAGAUGAUCUAAUAGACAUAAAAAUAGAAAUACUUUUUUUAUCUCAUCAGUAAAAAUAACAUCAGAAUAGUCCAGUGAUCAGGUGGUCCAAAUGGUCUUGUGAUAUGAUCUAAUAGACAGAUGGUCUAAUUGUUAGGUCAGUGAUCAUACGACUUGAUGGUCAAAUGUCAGAUGAUAUAUAUAUUCCAAUAGCCAGGUAUUAAAGUAACCAGCUGCGGAUCCAGGAAUUUGAAAUACAGGGGGGCUUGAUGAGGGUAUUUUUCAGAUGGAGAGUCCGACUACCUCAGGCCCGCCGUGGUUGGGGCUGAAGUACAAAAGGUUUAUGUCUAUGGCACAAUUAGAUGGCCGAAAAUGGCACUAUCACUAAGUUGAAAGCAAUUUUCUUCCCCCUCACCAUUUUUGGCCCGGUCUUGCUGCCCCCCUCCCCCUUGAAUUCACCUCUGGUAACACACUUGGCAAACAUGUAAAGUUUUUAUUAAAUUUAAAAACACAUACAGGUCAUAUUCAUUAUUGAAUGUAUAUUUAAUACUAGAAUGGGAAUUAUUUUGGGUUUUUUUACUCAAUGUGAUCCACUUGUUUGCAUCAAUAGGUUAAAUUCAUCUCAAGAAGUACUUACUUGUCUUGCUCAUUUUUUAAAUACUUCCGUUCCUGAAAUUAGUAUGUUAUAUUUAUGUACUGUACAUAUUUAGGGAAAUCUUAAAAUAAAAUUAUUGUCUGUAAAUAUUGUCAAAUGAUAUGAAAGCUAUAUACUAAUAAUGUCAUGUCACAUGUGGCAAAUGACAGGUACAGUAUUUAUCAUAUGUAACUUGAUAUUCUUAUUAAUAAUAUUCUAUGAAUAUUGACUGCUACAUGAAAUGGUGUAAUUCUGUCCCAUACACCAAUUGAGAAAUUUAAUAGAGGGAAUUUGAAGAAACAAUGGGGAAAAAACACAGUUCUUAUUUAAAAGAUGGCUACGCCCUAAAGAUCUGUGAGUUGUUCUUGCAGAACUUACUGUAGCCUCCUUCUAUACAAUUUAUUUGUUUCAAUUACUCUAUAUUAUACUGCAUAUUUUUAUUACUUAUAUUGUAUUAUUUUAUUGAUUUGAAUUUCCAUAUCAUAUCACUUGUUCAAAUUAUCAAUGUGGCAAGUGAGUAACUGCUAGAUUCAGUCAACAAACUCAUAUCUGUUUCUUUCCUGAGGAAUCAACUCCCCCUAUUCUACUACAUUAGAAUCAUUGAAACUUAAUAAAAAAAAUAAUUUUAAUUAUUUAUAACAUAUUCUAAGGGUAAAUUAAGAUAGUCAUAAUUGAAAUAUUCACUUUAAUGAUUAUUUCAUUAUUAUUUAUAAUCCCUCAAGUUUAGCAUUUUUUUAUUAUUUGUUGUGUGUGUUGGGUGAAAGUGGCGCAUUUAGCAUCAUUAAUUUAAUUUAUUUCAGGCUGUAUCUACAGUGAUUUUUCGCCAUUAACACUCAGGUUAAAUAUAUUUUAAAACAUGAUAAUAUGUAAAUUCAGUAAAACAACAAAAAGGUAACAUGUAGAGAAGGAGGCUUAUAUGUUUUACCAUUGAAAAAAAGUAAUUUUAGUAUGUUGUAAGAAACAUAAGACUAUCCUAGUACAGUGUAUCAUAAUAAAAUUUUAUACUAUGAGAACUUU